UACACCAUCAUGAUACCUAUUCUUCACUUGGCAUGAUAUCAUCUGCCGCCAACUUCCUCAUGAAUGCCCCGUCUCUUCUGAUUUUCAUGCUGACUUCGUCAAUGAGCAUAUCGUAGCCUGGGAGGCAUAAUCCCCGUAUACACACUGUCGUUACAAUCUUCGUUUGACUCCAUUGUAGACAGCGAGCAUGAUCCUAAAGCCCUGUGCGGACAAAUGUAUAUCGAUGGAAGCACAAACUAGAAGCCGCCUGGCGACCAUUAGCAGGGACGGUGGGCACCACUGCCUGGUUCUGGCCCUUGGGCUUCCUUGCCUUGAAAUUGCAGCUGAGGAGACGGGUGAUACGUAGGCUACCUAGCUCCAUCAAAGAUCUUAUAGGUAGGCUAUCAGACGCAGUUGAGAGGCUGAGGUCCCCAUCAACUUUCCUUCUUCCUUGCAGAACAUUCUCAGCACAGUAUUAUUAUCAUCGGGCCACUUCUGCUGUAUAUAUGACGGACGUUUUAUCCCGGACAGUACGCAAUUGUCCGCUGAUCGACAACCACGCCCACAACCUCCUCCGUCCUGAAUUUCUGGACCUAGAACCAUUCGAGUCUAUUACUACCGAAGCUGAGGGGUCCGCUCUGAAGCAUACAUUCACCUCUUUGCCGCAUCUGCGAGCAAGGAAGCAACUCCGACAGCUAUACGGCUGCAAGCACACCGCCGACUGGGAAGACAUUCUUAAAAGACGUGCUGAAUUGCUUCAACAUGAGCCUGAUGCUUUAUGGAAGAAAUGUUUCCAUGGAACCUAUGCAAUUCUGAUGGAUGACGGACUUGGCGCUCCUGAAAAAGUUCACCCCUUCAGUUGGCACGACCGCCUAACAGAGGCACCAACUAAACGUAUUCUUCGGAUUGAAGCAGUUGCUGAGCACAUUAUACAAGACCUUUUGUGCAAUGCCAGCGAAAGGAACCUCGAGGCGCCCGAGUUUCUCAUCGACACGUGGGCUCUCUUCACGGAUCGCUUAGAGGCCGAGAUCAUGACUGCUACCAAAGAUCCAGAUGUUAUAGCUUUCAAGUCCGUCGUAUGCUACCGCACUGGUCUUGAUGUUGAGCCAGACUACAAUGAGUGCUUGCUGAACAUCGGCAAGCCCUUUGAGCACUAUAUUGUACGCUGUAUCCGAAAGAGAAAAUUCAGGAUACAAAGAAAGAUUGUAAACGAUUUCGUCGUCUUGAAGCUACUCGAGAUCAUCUCGGAACAAGCACCGUACGGCCAGCUGACGAAACCAGUACAAUUCCACACAGGGCUGGGUGAUGCCGACAUCAGUCUGCUGAGGUCAAAUCCUGCAUUUCUACAACCUCUCAUUGAGCAGUACCCCAACAUACCAUUCGUACUCCUCCAUUCCGCCUAUCCCUAUACUCGUGAGGCUGGGUGGUUGUCCACUGUCUAUAAAAAUUGUUUCUUAGAUCUGGGUCUGGUUUUCCCGAUGGUCAGUCGAGAUGGUCAGAUAUCCAUUCUACACCAGGCCUUGGAAGUCGUUCCUGGAUCGAAGUUGCUGUAUUCGACCGACGGACAUUGGUUCCCAGAGACUUUUUGGCUAGCGAACAUGCAAUUUCGUGAGGCUUUGGAGGUGGUCUUGCUCGCUAAUGUAAAUUCAGGACUUUUAGACAUUUUCGAAGCUAUAACCUUGGCUAUGGAUAUCCUGUUCAACAACAGUAAUACUUUAUAUGACCUUCAAUACCAAGUAGACCUUCAGGAUCGCGUAAGAAGCCUGCCACAAGCACUAACGCUACAACCAAAGCUGCGCAAGGAGAGUUUUAGAGUCAACAUAAUGGACAGGUUUCUCAAGAAACACGCCAGCAUUAAGUUUGUCUACGUCCAAUGGCUAGAUUAUAUGGGCACGAUGCGAAUGCGGGUCCUUCCCGUCGCUUCGUUCGAACAUCUUGUUAGAUCUGAUGGCAGGAUCGGCAUCUCACUGGGUCAUACUGGAACGCUGCAGAACGAUGAGAUGACCCCAACUGUCAAUAAGAUUGACCAGAUAUAUGUUGAGCCUGACCUAUCUACGUUGCGCCGCUGUCAUAACAAAGACCCACUAUCCGCAGCUAUGGUUCUUGGUUUCUGGCGAGAUUGUGACGGUAACCCCGUCAAGAAAUGCCCUCGGACUGGCUUACAAACGAUCGUGGACAGUCUAUCAGUCAGAUAUGCAAUAAGUCUAUUCAUCAGCUUUAAGAUAGAGGCCACAUUGCUCAGGCGUACCAAUGACGCAAACGACCCGUUCGAACCGAUCACAACAACUCAUGCCUGGAGUACGCUGUCCUCUGAGCAGUGGCUUGCGAUACCUCUCCUCGCCGAGAUCGCGGAGAAUCUGUCCGAUCUUGACAUCGGAGUGCAACAAUUCCACGCUAAGGCUGGUCGAGGUCAAUUCGAGUUUGUGCUUGAGCCUUUGCCCCCCCUGGCAGCCAUCGAUGCUUUGAUCCAGGCCCGCCUUGUGAUACAUCAGAUCGCAUCUACACACAACCUACGAGCCACUCUCUAUCCGUCGCCUCUUCCUGGUAUCAGGACCGCAGCACAUGCGCAUAUCUCCAUGACGCCGACAUAUGAUGAACUACGAUUCUGGGUCGGCGGUGUUCUGAAUCAUAUAGAUGCCCUAUGCGCAAUUACAAUGCCUGAGGAAGUCAGCUACCGUCGAGCCGUGGAUAAUCAAUGGACUGGUGGUACCUGGGUGUCAUGGGGUACCCAGAAUUGUGAAACCCCGCUUCGACGUGUGGACAAGGGUAGAUGGGAAGUCAGAUGCAUAGACGGUAUGGCGAACAUGUAUCUGGCAGUAUCAGCCAUACUCGGAGCUGGCUUGCUUGGCCUGAUGUAUGCCCAGUCUACAGAGGACCUGCCACGAGACUGUUCUAGUAAUCCGAGUCAAUUGUCGGCUGAGCAACUUAAAAGUUACAACAUUCAUAAAAAGAUGCCAGUGGACAUUCGUGAGGCCCACAGAGCUCUCGAGGACGAUACAGACCUGAGAGAGGCUUUGCCAGCGCCAUUCACCGCAGACUAUCUGGCAAUGAAGAAGGUCGAGCUGAAGCUCCUCGCUGAUAUGACUGAAGAGAACAGAAGAGUAUGGAUGAUCGAGCGCUACUAGCAGCGGCUAGUGUUGGGCCCUGAGACCAUCAAGUACACGGGUGCUUAUACAGCAGUUGACACAUUGAUGCUCAAUGAAGACCCUAAAUCUCCUAUUCGUUGUGACUGCGAUUCAAACCAUAUUUGAUUGCAUUGAAAUCUAUUUGCUGCAGGGGAAGUACAGAAAAACAUUGCGUUCUUGACUCAUUCAUAAUCGAACUAAUCUCUUGCUCCAUCACAACUAAUACUCUCUGAUUCAGAACGAUCCAGCCGUUUCACAGCGCUGGAUUCACACCUGUAAACGAAAUAGGGCACCAGACAGAGAGUAAAGACGGUCCAGAAUGUCUGCCUCGGUCUAUUGAUGGACUGUUAUGGAGGAACCCAGGUCCAAGUUGCAGGCAGCCUAAAGGUUUGUAGGACGCCCGACAACAGCCCCUAUAUGCCUAUGAAGUACUCCAAGACAUGAUCAUUCUAUUCAGUUUGACAUGACGCGACAUAUUCC